AUGACCAACCAGACCCUCGGCCACGCCGUCGUCGUCAACGAAUGCGCACGCCCCAUCUACGUCUGGUCCGUCGCCUCGUCCGUCAGCUCCGAGAUCACCCUGCAGCCGCACGAGAACUACACCGAGGUGUUCCGCCACGACAGCCAGACCGGCGGCGUCAGCAUCAAGGUGACGACCCUCAAGGACGGCCUGUACCACAGCUCGCCGCAGACCGUGUUCGCGUAUAACCUGGUCAACCAAUCGGUGUGGUACGAUCUGUCGGAUGUCUUCGGCGACCCCUUCCACGGCAGCAAGGUCACUUUGCUGCCGUCGGAGCCGGCGAUCACCUGGGAAGAGGGCAUCCCGCCGGCGGGUAGCCAGGUCCGAAUCCAGGAUUCGUCGAGGGAUCUGGUGUUGACGCUUUGCUAA